CUUUCAUCCUUUCAUUUUCGAUCCUUGCAUUCCCUUUUUUUUUUUUGUACUCGUAAAAUUAAUAGGGCAUCCAACAUGUAUUAAGCUUAAACCACAGCUUGCACUGCAGGAAGAAUUCCCAUGGCAGUGUGUUCAUUGCAAAACAUGCCAAAAGUGUCAAUCCUCAAACAACGAGGAUAAAAUGAUGAUGUGCGAGAAUUGCGAUCGAGGUUGGCACUGCUAUUGUCUAAGCACCCCGUUGUCAAGUGUACCCCCACAUGAUUUUUACUGCGACGACUGUAUAGAAAAAUAUCCAGCAAAGAUCCCAGCAGACUAUAAGAGUAUAUCCUCACUAUCAUUAAAGCGAAAAAAAACUGCCAAUGGCCGGGGGAAAUCAUCUGUCACAACUACAAGUACGGACCCAAACACAAAUACGAAUGCAACCUCAACAACAUCAGCCUCACCACCUACUGUUACACCCGAUUCAGUAUCUACCGCAGACGCAGAAGCAAUGAGCUCAAAACGGAAAAUUAGAAGAAAGUCGGAUCAACAAAGAAAAGUACGUCUCGUGCCAGCUGACAAUGAAAUUGAGGAGGCAGAAACCAAUGUUGAUCUACCGAAACGACCUGUAAUCAUCAAGCGGAUCAAAAAGGAUAGAGGAAGGGCGAUCGUUAUUAUUCCAAUUCCAAUUACCAAACAUGGCGAUGCGUCUCCUUUGCCGACGUCAUCAUCGUCGUCCAAACCAGCUACAGCAGGUUCAAUGAAAAAACGAGGUCGAGCAGCCAAGACACCAGCAUUAACCGCUGCCUCCUCACCAGCACCAACAGAUACCAGUACUAGUUUCACAUCUACUAAUACGUCUCGUAAAAAAGAUUACAGCUCAGGAUCAGAUGCUAGACAACUUAUUUUGGGAAAUGCAAAUGGAAAAUUGUCUGUACGGGUUACGAGCCCUACCCCUGCUCCUCUGGAGGAGAAAAAACCAAAGAAAACACGGGGGAAAGGACGAAAAAAAUCGAUACCGACAUUAAAGAGUCCAGACAAGUCUGAUGAGGAUGAAGCAGAGGAUGCGGUUGCGGAGAACCGUCUAGCUGUAAAUACUGACCAUAACGAGGUUUCGGAUUCGCACCCAUUUGGUCCACAUCUCACAGAAGAGGAAUCGGAUGUGUCAUUUACCACACCAGAUGCUAGAGACAAACAGAGAUUUGAGAAGGCUAAGGAACUUGCCGAGAAGCUUAUCAAGGAGAAACCAUUAGAUGCCGAGGCACCUGAAGCAGGAAGCUCAGCAUACUCAGCGCCUGUCGCUGCAAUUAAAAAAAUUCGGUUUGGAGACUGGGAGAUUGAUACGUGGUAUGUAGCGCCCUAUCCAGAAGAGUACAGUCAGCACCCUAUCUUGUAUAUAUGCGAGUUCUGCCUUAAGUAUAUGAAAAGUUCCUUUAUGGCUGGGCGACAUAGAAUGAAAUGCGCAAUGCGACAUCCACCUGGAGAUGAAAUUUAUCGGGAAGGCAACAUUUCAAUUUUUGAAGUGGAUGGACGCAAAAACAAAAUUUAUUGUCAGAAUCUCUGUUUACUUGCAAAAAUGUUCCUGGACCAUAAGACUCUCUAUUAUGAUGUUGAACCCUUUCUAUUUUAUGUGAUGACGGAAUCUGGAGAUUUGGGUUGCCACUUUGUAGGCUAUUUUUCGAAGGAGAAGCGCUCUGCAAUGGAUUAUAAUGUUUCUUGUAUUCUGACACUUCCGAUCCACCAACGUAAAGGUUAUGGAAAUCUCCUGAUUGAUUUUAGCUAUUUACUUUCAAAACGCGAAAACAAAACUGGAUCCCCAGAAAAGCCUUUGUCAUCACUCGGACUACUGUCGUAUAGGAGUUAUUGGAAAACAGUGCUAUUUCAAUGUUUACUCGCCAUUCAUAAGGAUGAGAAUCGAAAGCAUCGUGUUUCUAUUGAAGAACUGAGCCAGGAAACCGCCAUGACUAUUGAUGAUAUUGUGACGACAUUACAAACUAAUAACAUGAUCCGCGCUAUACCCCCACCAAAGACUCAGGAUUCAAAAAAAGGGAAGAACAGUAGACAUCGCGCCAAUUCCAUCCCCCCCUUGCGCCAUGAGAUUGUGGUUGAUUGGAAUGAAAUUGAGGCCUAUUGUGAUAAAGUAGCAAAGAAGGGCUACCCAAUCAUUAAUCCCACUAAACUGAAGUGGGCGCCAUUUCUGCUCCAGCGUGGUCUCAUGGCUUCAUUACAUACAGACAAUGAUUCUCCGAAGGAUGACGGCACCAAUAGCGGAGAUGAUGCUGAUGCAUCAGAGAUUACAGGAGGCGAGGCAAAAGAGGAUGAUGAGACUGUGGCGAAGUCAACAUCUCGUAAUAGGAGUCGCAACAAAUCUAGUACGUCAAGGGUCCGUGUGCGCAAUCGUGGUAGACCACCGAAAGCAAAAGUAGAAAAUGUGAAGGAAUCAGUAGAACCUGGAGAAGCCACAGUGAAUGCUUCUUCCACAGAUCCUGGAACAGGAAGCCCAAGUACGGAGAAAAACACUGCCAUGGAUGUUGACAUGACUGAUACAGAACAAAGAAAAGAGUUGGCACAAGAGGACAUUUCGAACUUGGAGUCUGACUCCAAUCAUAGCAAGAUGAAUGGACCGGUUUCCUCUUCUUCUACACCAGUGGUGGCGACAUCCAAAGAGAUGAAAGGCAACGGCGUAGUAAAGACAAGCGCAGAAUCACGUACUGCAAACAUUGGUGAUGCUCUCAAAAUUCAAACAAAAGAGCUUAAGCCUCGACCAUCCAGUCGUAGUCUCAAAAUAAGCAGGUCGAAGGACGAAGAGGACGAUGUCCUUGGAGAUGAGCUGUCCUCUGUUACUUCAUUAUCACUUGCUGGAUCCCCAAUGUCAUCAUCAUCGCUUUCUGCUGCGUCAUCUCCAUCCUCUGUAGUAUCGUCGAAUGUUCGUGACGCUGGCCAACAAAGAGCCGAGACAGAUAUUACACCUACACUAGCCCAAGAAGAAAGCAGCUCACCCAUUGAUGAUAAUGGAGAAUCAGGAGCUGAGAGCGACGUUGACAUGAAGGGAGAUGAACUUGAUGUUACAACGAGUUCGGCGCUCCAAAACACUGAUCAUAAUUCCGAAGAAAGCGAAGAUGAAGAUGAGGAAGAAGAGGAGGACCAGAAGGAUUCUCAAGAUAUGGAAAUAGAUCAGCCCGAGGGCGAGGAUGGAUGGAGAAUAAAUGAUGAGCAGGAGGAUGCCAGUGAUGGGGAUCAGGAUGUACAUAGUGUUGGAGAGGAGAGCGAUGCUGUUAAUGAAAGAUGAGGAUGAAGAAGAAGAAGAAGAAAGGGAAGAUGAUGAUGAAGAACAUGGAGCGAUAGAUGAGGAUACAAGCGAUGCUUCUGAAGCAGAAAGCGAGACCGGAGGAGAUCCAACGACAGUGGGUGAAGAUGACUUUGCUUCUGAAGAGGAAGCUGAUGUAGAUGACGAUCUGGGCGGGAAUGACGAGAGCAG